GAGCAGCAGUGUUAGUGCUGCCCACAUUGUUGCCAGGCAUCCCUGGAAGAGGAGGUGCAUUAAACUGGGAGAAGCAAGCAACGGGAGAAAAAAAGUUAGGCUUAGUGUGUCUUAGUGUUUGCCUUGUGCUCUUUCAGCAAGCAGAGUAAGGAGCCUCGCCAGAUCUGGAGCUCAUCUGAAAUGAAUUAAACCCUGAAGAAGAACGAACCUCUGUAAUCUAGCUGCGUUGGCGCUCCACUGAGGGUUCCUAUUUGCUGUCAGAGGUACACCCAUGCAUGUAGCAGCAGCUCCUCCAAGAGACUGACUGUUUUUGUCUCCUCAAGUCAAAAUAUUUUCCAAACUCCAGAGGGCAAGUCUGGAGAGAGGGAGAGACCAAGGUACUUGAAGAAGUCUGCUUUCUCCAUAAUAACUUGGGGCUAAAAGUCAUCACUGUUUUCAAAGGGAAAAAAAACGGUCUUCAAACAAAAAAUCAGCCCUAUCGUUCCUCUGUGUGUUUGCUGAGGAGGUUUCGAGGACAAGUGAGCAGCGUUCACAUAAAUACAGGAAACACCUGAAGUUCAGCCAAAGGAAAUCAUCUCCAAACAACUGACACACUCUGACACUGAUUUUUGUAAGAAGCUUCAUCAUCUUGUUAGUCAAUCAAUAUGUCUCGCUGGGGGCGAAAAAAUGUGAAGAAGGCGCCUGAAGUGAUCCGCACUGUGACAGAAGGGCUCAAGUCCUUGUAUCGUAAGAAGCUGCUGCCUCUGGAGCAGUACUAUGGUUUCCAUGACUUCCACUCUCCCAGUCUGGAGGAUGCAGACUUUGAAAACAAGCCGAUGGUGCUGGUGGUGGGACAGUACUCCACUGGAAAGACAACAUUCAUCAAGUAUCUACUGGAGCAGGAUAUUCCUGGAAGCAGGGUAGGACCUGAACCUACCACUGACUGCUUCACUGCCAUCAUGCAUGGGGAGGUAGAAGGAGUCAUCCCCGGGAACGCCCUUAUUGUAGACCCCAACAAGCCAUUCCGCAAACUCAACCCUUUUGGAAACACCUUUCUCAACAGGUUCCAGUGUGCCCAGAUGCCCAACCAGGUCCUGGAAAGUAUCAGCAUUAUUGACACACCGGGGAUCCUGUCCGGUGCUAAGCAGAGAGUGAGCCGAGGUGAGAGAGGUACCAAAGGCUAUGACUUCCCAGCUGUGCUGCGCUGGUUUGCGGAACGUGUGGACCUCAUCAUCCUGCUGUUUGAUGCCCAUAAACUUGAGAUAUCAGACGAGUUCUCCGAGGCCAUUGGUGCCCUGAAAGGCAACGAGGACAAGCUGCGUGUGGUGCUCAACAAGGCAGACAUGGUGGGCACCCAGCAGCUGAUGCGAGUGUACGGUGCACUCAUGUGGUCCCUGGGGAAGGUAUUUAACACCCCGGAGGUUCUGCGUGUCUACAUUGGUUCCUUCUGGUCAGAGCCCCUGAUGGUGGCAGACAACCGCAAGCUGUUUGAGCUGGAGGAGGAAGAUCUGUUCGCUGACAUCCAAAACCUUCCUCGCAAUGCAGCUUUACGAAAGCUCAACGAUCUGGUCAAGAGGGCACGUCUGGUUAGGGUCCAUGCCCACAUCAUCAGCUAUCUGAAGCAAGAGAUGCCUUCUGUCUUCAGGAAGGACAAUAAAAAGAAGAAUCUGAUCUACCAGCUGCCAGUUAUUUUCUCUAAGAUCCAGCUGCAGCACAACAUCUCUGCUGGAGACUUCCCAGAUUGUGCUAAGAUGCAGGAGCAACUGAUGGUCCAUGAUUUCAACAAGUUCAAAACCUUGAAGCCUAAUCUGAUGGCAGCCUUGGAUGAGUUGCUGUCCGGUGACAUUGCCAAGCUGAUGCCUCUCCUGCGGCAGGAGGAGCUGGAAGCAGGUGAGCAACUAGGCGUGCAGGGUGGAGCCUUCAUGGGGAACCGUGCCGGACCCUUCUCCGAGGGUGACCCCUUUGCAGAGGAGAACGGAGAGGGAUGUGAGGAGGAGGAGGAUUGGGUGGUGACCAAAGACAAGCCCAAAUAUGAUGAAAUCUUCUAUAACCUCGCUCCCAAUGAGGGGAAACUGAGUGGCACCAAGGCUAAGGACUGGAUGGUGAGCUCCCGCCUGCCCAACUCGGUGCUCGGUCGCAUCUGGAUGCUGUCGGAUGUGGACCACGAUGGCAUGCUGGAUGAUGAAGAAUUUGCCCUGGCCAGCCACCUGAUUGAGGUCAAGCUGGAAGGCCAUGGUCUACCCCCUGAGCUUCCCACGCGUCUGAUCCCGCCCUCCAAACGCAGGCAGAAGGGUUCUGAUGCAUAGACAUGUCACAAAGUCCCUGGAGCUGAGAGAGACUCUUCUCUAUUGGCUGUCACACUUAUGCUACUGUUUGUAUUUGCUCUUGUUUUCCCCCCCAGACCCAUGUCAAAUUGUUGACUGUAAUGCGUUCAACGUUUUUCCUCUGAGACGGAUUUUGGUCUAGCACAAUGGAACAUAUUGUAUUAAAGAGUAAGUCAAUUAUUUGAGAGUAUAGGGCUUUCUGCAAAAGAGUAAGAAGUCACAUGGGUCUGGUUGCUUUUCCAUUUGGCUCUUCAAAGUUUGCUUUUUAUGAUGAGCUUUUUAAAAAAUAUAUCUACUUGUGUUUGCUGAGAAGAAUUAAAUAAAGGCUGGCGAGCAGUAUUCAGCAUUUAUUUGACCAAAUAAAGAGUGUUCUGUAUUAAAUCCUUUAAAUUCAGCCUUCCUUCAGACUAGAUUGUAGCGGCGCAGUAUUAUCUGAUCAUUUGUAGGAUUAUGCCAUUGUUUUAGGUCUGGUCAUUCCACUGAGGGUCUCAUCUGUAUCAUUUAUAGCCUUUUAAAAUCAAACUGGCAGCGCAAAUCUAAUAAUCUGAAUGCAUUUCACUUUGAUGCUUUACAUGACACACUUUUGUGCAUACACUUUAUAUAUUAUUUUUGUAACUGUUGCUGUUGUUUUGUAUGUGCAGGAGCAAGACCUCAGUUUUAUAAAAAGAACAGGAUAUGCUGAGAUCAACUUUUCAACUAGACUGAAUGAUUGACAUAUUACUUACUGACUACUGUACACAGCUCCACCAACUGUUCUUUAUGGUAACUAUUAUUAUAACCAAAUAAAAUUCCCUGACUGUG